CAGUAGCGGAGAUCGUGCGUAUAGCCAUACUAUUUGUUGCUGUUGUUGUUUUGCUUUGCUCCGUACCCCCCAUGUGUUUUCAUAUCCGUGCAAGAUUUCGUGACCGCUCCCACUUAUUUUAGGAGAUUCUUGAACUGUGUGCCAUGGCUGACAUGAAGAUGAUGAAUUCUCCAAAUCCAUUUAUCAAAAAGAAGAGACCUGCAGUGGUCAACUUUCACCAAAAUGUCAGCGAUUUCAUCUCGCCCAAAAAGCAAAAGCGUGAAAACAUGCCCGGGCUUAUUUCGGCGGAUGGCUCUCAACAGAAGCCAAAUCUUGUGCGUCCUGGCUUCAUGCAAGAUGAACGCAAAAAGCUGCCAAUUUUUGCAGUUCGACCUAGGCUAGUGGAAGAGAUUCAGAAAAAUGACACUCUCAUAGUUAUUGGUGAAACAGGUUGUGGUAAAACAACUCAAAUUCCUCAAUUCAUUCAUGAAUCCAAACUUGGAAAGGAUGGAAUCAUUGCUAUCACCCAGCCUCGACGAGUAGCAGCCGUUUCACUUUCUAAAAGAGUGGCCAAAGAAAUGAAUGUUCCAAUAGGAGAUACUGUUGGCUAUACCAUCCGAUUUGAAGAUGUGACAACUGAAAAAACAAAGUUGAAGUACAUGACUGACGGAAUGUUGUUUCGAGAAGCUUUGCUAGAUGAACUUCUCAUGAAAUACACAGUUAUAAUUUUAGAUGAAGCUCAUGAACGCAGCAUUAACACCGAUGUUUUGUUUGGUAUUGUAAAAAAAGCUCAAAGGUUGCGUGCUGAGAAUGCAAAGUCCCCACUGAAGGUAAUAAUAAUGUCAGCAACUAUGGAUGUUGAUCACUUUAGUAAGUACUUCAAUAAUGCCAAAGUACUUUAUUUGGAAGGAAGGCAAUAUCCAGUCACAGUACUAAAUGCAAAGCAGCCACAGAAUGACUAUAUACAGAGCUGCUUGUCAACUAUAUUUCAAAUUCAUCUUGAUGGGCCACCAGGAGAUAUAUUGGUAUUUCUUACGGGGCAAGAUGAAAUUGAAGGAGUAGCACACACAGUAAGGCUUGCUGCAAAGGAGUGUAAACAAACCCUAAGGACUUUACCUUUAUAUUCUGCUAUGCCCAUGCAAAUGAUGGAAAAUGUUUUCCGACCCACUCCACCUAAUGAGCGGAAAGUGAUUCUAAGUACAAAUGUCGCUGAAACUUCUCUUACUAUACCGGGCAUAAAAUAUGUAAUUGAUAGUGGACAUGUGAAAGCAAGGGUAUACCAACCAAAUACUGGUCUCGAUUUAUUGAAAGUCCAGAAGGUUUCUCAAGAACAGUCUUGGCAAAGAACUGGCAGAGCUGGUAGAGAGUCUGCUGGAACAUGCUAUAGAGUAUUUACUAAAGAGCAAUUCAAUGAGCUACCCAAAUUCACAACACCAGAAAUUCUACGGUGCAAUCUAGCCAGUGUGAUGUUGCAACUACUCCAUCUUGGUGUUGAUGCUUAUGACUUCGACUUCAUGGAUAAACCUUCUCAAGAGGCUCUUGAUGCAGCUGUUAGCCAGCUGAAAAUGUUGGGUGCAAUAGAAUCACAAGAAACUAGAAAGCUCACAUCUCUGGGCUCUAAAAUGGCACAAUUUCCUUUGGACCCACGGUUGAGUAAAAUUCUGAUUUCCUCUAAGACAUACAACUGCACUGAAGAGAUUUUAACUAUAGUGGCUUUAUUGUCUGGAGAAUCAGUCUUCUUAAACUCAUUGAAUAAUCGAGAAGAAGCAACAGAGCGUCAUAAGAAGUUUUUCUCCUCUGAAGGAGACCACAUUACCCUGCUUAACGUAUACCAUGCAUUUAACUCAUUCAAAACACAAAAGAAAACUUGUGCAGAGAAUUAUUUGAACUAUAGAAAUUUAGUAUUUGCUUCAGAUGUCCGAAAACAACUGGCUCAAAUAUGUGAACAGAAUAAAAUUCCUUUGAGUUCAUGUGGACAAAAUACUGAGCUGGUUCGAAAAUGUUUGAUAUCUGGGUAUUUCAUGAAUGUUGCUGAACUUCAAAGAGAGAAAAAGUACAUUCUAGUGGAAUCAAAACAGAGAGUAAGAAUCCAUCCUUCAUCAGUUCUUCACAGAACAUUGCCUCACUACAUCUUGUUCUCAGAAGUUGUGCACACUUCCCAAGCUUAUAUCCGUCAACUGUCAAUUGUUGAUCCAGAACUUUUGAAUGAAGUUGCACCCAACUAUUUCCGGCAGCAUAGACUGGGAACAAAAGAUUAGAAGGUUUUAUUUUUUUUGACCACCAAUAAUUUUUUCUCUUUGUUUCCUUGUGUGAAGCAACGGUUUUGGAAAUGUCUUUUCCUGUACAUUCUAAUGCUGUCAAAAACAUUGCUUUCUUUUUAUUACAAGUUUUACUCCUGUUUUGAAUGUUAAUUUUUUGUCAAAGACUAUCAGAAUUUUCAGAGUUCAAUUUGAUUGAACAGUGUAUCAUCAGCAUCAGAAAAUGUUAAUUCUUUAUAUUAAGUGGCCAGAUAGGCCUCUUUAUCUCUUUUGAUGCUGAAGGUACACAUUGCUUGUUGGUUUGUCUGUGAUGAUGUGUUGCGUGGCUUUUGCUCACAAAUUAGGGUAUUUAUUAAGGGAUAAUGUGGGCUUGGCUGGUUUUCAUUCGUUGGAUGGUUGUUUCAUCCAAACAGCUAGAAAAUGUUCUUUGUAAAUUUUAAAUUAAUUCAACUACUGCCUAUUUCUUUCUUGUUGGAAGAUUGUGAUCUCUUGUGUAAAGUUAUGGUAAGACUGCUGCAACUUUAGCAAUAGGCAUUGUGAUAGGUUUGCAAUCUGAAGUGACAACCUUGUGGUGCUGGUAAAACCUUACCUUUGACUUCUAGGAUUGCCGCUUUCUUCUGGAGAAGUUUGGAUCUAUUUGAUGUUGUUGUUUAGUAUGUUAUUUUUUAAUGUUAAGAGUCUUUCAAAUUAGUGUGACUUACGUCAAAUUAAGAGUUGCACAAAAUGGAUGUAAAGAAUCAUUUUAUUUUAUAAUAAUGUUAUAAAUAUGUUGAGGCAGGCCAUUGUACUACAGAAUUUUUUUUUUUCUACUCGUUAAAGUUUUACUUGACUUUUGAAAGCAAUGACUAGUAUCCGUAUUUGUUUAGUUUUGGUAUCACCUAAGGAAUGGAGCUGAGUCAAUCCAUCUCCAAAAGGCAUGUUUUACAUACUUUUUUGUACAUGAAAAUAUACCAUUUCCUAACGUCCGUGAAAAUAAAGCUUCAAACUCACUGUAAA